CGAUCUCUUCCACGAUAGCCUUGCUCGGUUUACCGAUGAGGAGUUCCAGGAGGCUGGCCUGGGCCCCGAGGCCCGAUCGCUUAUCGAGUUCAUGGCAGACCAGGAGGCCGGACACGCGACCUUGCUGAGCAACAUGCUGGGAGAAGCCGCACCCAAGCAAUGUGUGUACAACUAUCCGUACAAGACUGUUCGCGAGUGGGUGGAUUUCAAUCAACGUGUCACACGUUACGGUGAAUCUGGUGUCUGGGGUUUCAUCUCCCAUCUCGACUCGCGAGAGGUUGCCAACCUCCUGUCUCUCUCAAUCUCCACCGAGGCUCGUCAACAAUUGAUCUUCCGACAGAUGUCGGGCCUCUCCCCAAUGAAUGUUUGGUUCGAGAAUGGAUGGCCCCAGUCCUGGGCAUGGACAAUGCUGGCCCCCUAUAUCAGCUACUGCCCCGAGGGUACCACUCGUCUCGCGUGGCAAAACUUCCCAACUCUCCAAAUCUUGAACAACCCGAACAUCAACCGCGUUUCCCCGAAUGACACACCAAAUGACGGUAGCGAGACAGUGGGCAAGCGUAUCACCGACCCAUCAGUCUCAGAUAUUAGCAAGGACGAAAACUGCCUGAAUCAGGACGCAAUCGGUAAGAAUUGUGCGCCCGCGAUUGCCCACAAUCGCUCGGAGCCUCUAUCAUACCCUGGUAAGCAGGUCUUUCUUGAAUGGGAAGCGCCAGGCAAGAGCGUUGGACCGAACAACUCCUACAUCACGACUACAGCUGCUGGUGAACCCAAGUUCGUGGGCUGGAGUUCCCAAUUGAACUUGACCUACUCACCAUUGACCGUGACGGGUGAAAACACUGGCUACACGUACCAACCGGAGGGUUUCGUGUAUGAUGAUGAUGGUAUCAUCAACGGCACCAUGGCCAUCAUGCUGACCGAUAUUGACCUCUUCGUCACUCCGUUCAACCUGUCCAUGCUUAAUCCUCACAUUGUCGCCCUCGGCUUGUACAUGGCUGGUUAAGCGGAACUAUGGAAUGCAGUCCAACAUCGUGGAAGGUAGUAUGGCUCUGUCAGCCUCUUUUAUGUAAGAUGAUUUCAUCGGUAGCAAUGUCGAUGGCUUUUUUUUUUCUCAAUCGCUGGGGAAAUGUUUCUGAUAGAUUAUGCUUUUUAUAGAACUUGAAAAUUGAUGAUAAAGGUGUUUAUUGAGACUGCUUUUUU